GAAGUGUUGUUCGCUCGGCAUUGUGGGACAACAUGGCGGCCUUGUGUAAGGUUGUUUCCAGGUUCAGGUGUGGAGUCUGGUCCUUCAGGUUCAUCAGGAACUGCAGCGGGACCUCCGGCAGCGACCAACCCGCCGCAGACGCACCGAGGUCGGGCUUCGCUGCCGCCUUCGACCUGCAGUCGGAGCUCCGGCGGGAGGCUGAGAGAACCGCGGCCGGAGGCAGCAGCUCCUCCUCCGGCCAACAGGAGGACUUCGCCUCGCUUCUCCGCCGGUCCCCGCUGGUCCAGAUGGGACCGGCCAAAGGCAGGACGGUGGUGGGGAGGAUCUUCCACGUGGUCCAGGACGACCUGUACGUGGACUUCGGCGGGAAGUUCCACUGCGUGAUCCAGCGGCCGGAGGGCGAAGAGGGGCUGCGGCGGGGCAGCAGAGUCUUUCUGCGGCUGCAGGACCUGGAGCUCACCGCCCGCUUCCUGGGGGCCAACACCGACACCACGCUGCUGGAGGCCCAGGCCGACCUGCUGACCCAGCUGGACGCACGGCAGAACCAGAACCAGGACGUAGAGGGGACAGAGUCUGACCGUGCUGCAGUAAAAUGAGUGGAUAUAUAAACGGAGUGUGGCAGGAUGGAGGAACUGAACGCAGACUGACUGAUGUUUGUGAACAAUAUUAAUAUUAAUAAUCUUUAUAUUAACAGUUUGGGAUGAUUCAUUUGCAUCGUGAAUAAAAGUUCUCUUCCCUCAAA